AUGCCAAUAUAACAACAUACGAGUGUUACCAGUCGAAAGGAACGGUCGGAAGGAUUGGUUUUGGUCUUGUGCAGUUCGAGAGGUACACGUGCGAAUUCUCUUCAAUCUGAAAGUGCGUUAUGUUCGUUUAAGUGCCGUUUUGUUUUAUUUACCGAAGUGAAAAUGAAGAUCUGCUGCUUCAUCAUUUUAUCAGUAAUCACAAUUGGCGUCAACUCAGGAACUCCCAUCGAUUACAAUUACAAUAUAACUCAGUAUGUCGAAAACUUACCAGCAGAGCUUCGUGCCGCUGUCACGAUAGCGUUAUCGGAAGAAAGAAGGCUGCUGCAACACAGACCGGAAACGACGGACUGCAAGUUAAAUAGCACGGUACAGUGUCCUCCCAGCAAGUAUCGGCAUCCGACGGGAGCGUGCAACAACGUACGACAUGCACAGUGGGGAGCGAGGGGUGCGCCGUUCCUUCGGUUGUUACCGCCGAACUAUGCAGAUGGUAUCUCAAAACCUCGACAAGGUUUGCCCAGUUCUCUGGAUGUCGCCGAUGCCAUGCAGAAGCAGGCGAAGGGCCAUCACGAGUCUGUAACAGCGCUUCUCGCGGCGUGGGGAGAGCUUCUUCUUCACGAUUUGGCUAGCACUGGAAAUUUAGACAGGGGGGUGUGUUGUAGCAAUAAUAUCAACGUAAAGCACGGCGAAUGUUACGGAGACAUCGGUCGCGAGCAGUGCAUGGAAUUUAUGAGAUCUUUACCGGCGAAGGACGUGGACAGCUGUACCUUUGAGUACAGAAACCAGAUGAACCUAGCAUCGGCAUUCCUAGAUGGGUCCGCCAUUUAUGGUUCAACGGAAGAAGCCUUGGAAAAUCUCCGGACCUACGACGCUGGCCUUGUGAACGUAUCAGCCUGUGUUGCGUGUCAGUCAAACGCACUGUACUCAGCCAUAUUACACGAGCACAACCGAGUAGCAGUAAACUUGGCGAAGCUCAAUCGGCAUUGGAUUGACGAAAAGCUCUUCUUGGAAAGCAGAAGAAUUGUUGUGGCGGAAAUACAGCACAUCACCUACAACGAGUUUUUACCGACCGCUCUUGAUGAGGGUUUAACAACAAGAACCGACUUAGCUCUUCUGACUCAUGGUCAUUAUUCAAAAUACUCCAGUUUGAACCAGGUUGGAGUCUACAAUGAAGUUGCCUUCACUGCCUUGCCUGCUUUGCUAUCGAUGGUCCCUAGUACCUUGAUGAACACCACCACGAGCAGCUUUGCGGAAAUGAUCGACAUAUUGAUUCGUACCCCCGCCCAAACUGCCAGUAUGCACAUGGUCGUCCCAUUAAGAAACAAAUGGGAAACGAGUUCUUUCCUAAUUCAACUGGGACGCGAUCACGGUAUUGCCCCCUACACAAAGUGGGUGCAGUUUUGCCACAAUAUUUCGAUAAAGACCUUCGACGAUUUGAAAACCACCAAUAUUGCGCAGAACAACAUUAAACUGUUGUCAAAUCUAUACAAGCAUCCUCAUGACAUAGAUUUAUUAACGGCGUCCAUUCUUGAACAGCCAACGCCGGGGUCUGUCGUGGGACAAACACUUUCCUGUUUGCUAUAUCGCCAAUUCGCGCUGUUAAGAAAUUCGGACAGGUUCUGGUACGAAAAUGACUUACCACCAAGCUCGCUCUCGAAGGAACAGCUGCAGGAGAUUCGAAAGGCUACCAUCGCUGGAAUUUUAUGCGCCAACACCGAGUAUCUAGACAAAAUUCAACCUCGAGCUUUCGUUCAAGAAGAUCCAUACUUGAACGCCCGUAUAUCGUGCAAUCAGCACACCUUACCUCAGCUGACACCCUGGCUAGAAAUGGACACCACCGCAGACCUUUCGGAGGAAAUUUUGAUGGAAGCGAUUGCUAAAGCCGAACGGGAAGUGCUGCAAAGGCGGAAAAUGGAAUACGAAGUUUGGAGCACAGUUGGUGGCAUCGAUCCCAAAUCUCCUGCAGGAACAGCCGCUUCCUUUAGCAAGGCUAAUAAACAGGCUUUAAAAUUGGCAAAUUCGUCUUUGCUUCUCGAGUUUGCCUCCAAUGAAAUCAUCAAUUCUUUAUUAUCGCACCGGCGCAAACGUCAGAUCUUUGACAACAGUGUUUUGCAAUCAGUGUUUAGAGAUGAGCUUUCUGAUGGGUUGCAGCACGUUGAUGUAACCACAUUUUUGCCAGCAAAUAGCUUCGAGUUGGAGAACAAUUGUGACGAUUCCGGUCCUUGCGAUCCUCGUACCCCUUUCAGGACAUUGUCGGGUUAUUGUAACAAUUUGCGCAACCCAACAGUAGGAAAAAGUUUAACGACAUUCACUCGUCUGCUGCCAAGCGCUUAUGAAGAUGGCAUUUCCAAACCACGAGUGCUGGGGGUAACGGGUGUGCCGUUACCAUCACCUCGCGUUGUUUCAACAGUAAUCCACCCCGACAUCAGUAACCUACACACACGUUAUACGCUUAUGACGAUGCAAUUCGCUCAAUUUCUUGAUCACGACAUAACAAUGACGCCGAUCCAUAAAGGUUUCCACGAAUCCAUACCAAAUUGUCGCUCGUGCGACAGCCCGAGAACCGUGCAUCCCGAAUGUAACCCGUUCCCGGUCCCGUCGGGUGACCAUUACUACCCAGAAGUGAAUGUGUCUUCAGGCCAACAAAUGUGCUUCCCUUUCAUGAGAUCGUUACCGGGACAACAGCAUCUGGGACCUCGAGAGCAAGUUAAUCAAAAUACCGCCUUCUUGGACGCGUCACAGGUUUACGGCGAGAAUGACUGCGUUUGUCGGAUGUUAAAGGGAUUCGGAGGCCGAAUGAAUAGCACAAUUCAUCCAUUUAAAGGAAAAGAGCUACUGCCACAAAGCGAUCGCCACCCCGAAUGUAAAGCGGCGUCAGGCUACUGUUUCGUUGCAGGAGACGGACGUGCUUCUGAGCAGCCUGCCCUUACAGUAAUCCACACCAUAUUUCUCAGAGAACACAAUCGGAUCGUUGAAGGUUUACGAAGUAUAAACCCGCAUUGGGACGCCGAAAAACUCUUCGAACACGCGAGACGCAUCGUCAUCGCCGAAAAUCAACACGUCACCUACAACGAAUUUUUACCAAGAAUUCUCAGCUGGAACGCCGUUAAUUUGUACGGCUUGAAACUUCUACCCCAAGGGUACUACAAGGAAUACAACCCAACAUGUAACCCCUCCGUUCUUAACGAAUUUGCUUGCGCCGCUUUUCGCAUCGGUCACUCUCUCCUCCGACCUCACAUUCCGCGCCUAAGUCCUUCGUAUCAAAUAGUGGACCCGCCGAUUCUCUUACGCGACGGUUUCUUCAGACCCGACAUGAUCCUACAGCCAGGAAUGAUUGAUGAAAUCUCGCGUGGUUUGGUGUCCACCCCAAUGGAAACCCUCGACCAGUUUAUUACCGGUGAGGUAACUAACCACCUGUUUGAAGAUAGGAAAAUUCCAUUUUCCGGCGUUGAUCUCAUCGCUCUUAACCUACAGCGAGCUCGGGACCAUGGUGUGCCAUCGUACAAUAACUAUCGCGCGUUGUGCAAUUUAAAGAGAGCCACCUCAUUUGACGAUUUGGCUCGGGAAAUACCACCGGAGGUGAUCGUCAGAUUGAAACGGAUUUACGCCACCGUUGACGAUAUCGAUCUGUUCCCGGGCGGCAUGAGCGAAAGACCUUUGCAAGGUGGACUCGUCGGGCCUACCUUCGCAUGCAUCAUCGCGAUUCAGUUUAGACAGUUACGAAAAUGUGACCGAUUUUGGUACGAAAAUGAGGACGCAAACGUUCGAUUUACUGAAGCCCAACUAGCCGAAAUUAGAAAAAUAUCCUUAGCCCGAAUAUUCUGCGAGAAUUUGGACGUGCCUGGCGAAAUGCAGCGGUCCGCUUUUGAUUUACCAUCCAACUUCCUAAAUCCGAGAGUGCCCUGCCAUUCACUACCUCACAUCGACUUGUCGGCGUGGAGGGAAUCAACGGGCCAUGGGUGCAUCAUUGGGGAAAGGCAAGUGGCCGUUGGGGAGUCCGCGUUCCCUUCACCUUGCACGAGUUGCGUUUGCACAACAGAAGGGGGGCAAUGCGCAUCGCUUCGGGUCACCGACUGCAACCAAUUGAUGCGCGAAUGGUCACGGGACGUAAUCCUAAGGGAUGAAGUUUGCACAGCACAGUGCGGAUUUCUCCUUCGCAACGGAGAAAUUAGUUCACGUCCCGUCAGCUUUACGGACUUAGUGCCACCACCCGCAAGGCAGUUGCGCGCUAGACAAUUGGGCGGAUCUCAUUUUACCUCGAAUUUUAAUGGAUUCAAGUUCCCAGAUUUAACCCCAUUUGUGAUUUAAGUGACCUCAAAAGACUGCGGUAGUGAAAAGACAAUAGUUCUGUACAAAGUUAUUUUUGUUGUUGACUGUCAUAAAUUGGUGACGCCGUUGUUUGCUCAGGUUUGAAAUUUUAGCUCUUAAGACAUCCUAUUUAAACGCUCAAAACGUGACAUCUUUUCAAAAUUCUAUCUUUCUAUUUAGAAAUUAGAAUAAUUUAUUUAUAUUACUUAUGUAAAAUACAGUCUGUAUAAUGUUUAUUGUAUAUACUGCGAAGGUGGACAAAAAUACAAUUAUUAUUCGUA